UCCGCACUAUCUCGAUCACUUUAUCUUUCCUCUGCAACACAUCAGCGCCCCCCCUUCCCCCCUCCCUCUUUGUCCGCCUCUCCGUCUGCAGCUCCAUUCCCGUCGCCGAUUCAGCUCUGGAAAGAUUGGACUCAGAAUUCAGCGGUGGACCUCUCGACAUCCGUGUUGGUGCUGUGAGGUGGCUAUAUUGUUGUUUGAGUGACGCUUAAUAAUCCAUAAGAGUAUUGUGUUGGAUUAUCUAUGCCUGGCAACAACAUUGGAGACAGGGUUCACAAUUUCUUUGCUCAGGAUAACUUGCCCGAGGUCCAGCGUAGUUCUCUGGUUGUUGAUGGAAGCUGGCCAGAGUUAGGAAACAAUUUACCUACAGGAAGCCACAGACACAUUAGUUUACCAAGUUCUAAUUCAAAAAGUUACAUUCUACAGCAAUCAGUGUUGCAUGGCUUGAACUCUGCAGAGCCAACUCUGGAGAAAAGUCAGUCUCAAAGUGAGCUGCUGAAUUUGAAUGGCUAUAUGCAUGGGCAUCAAAUUUUGCGGCCAAAACAGAAUGAGGCAAACAUCUUGGGAGUAGACACAUCGAGAGGCCUAUCUAUCUAUGAAUCACAGCAGGGGAAAGCUUCUGUCUAUCACACAAAUUCAGUUAGGUCAGACUCAUCUGAAUCUCCAGUGAAUUUUGAUUUUUUUGGUAGUCAACAACAGAUGAUAGGCCAGCAAACAGGAAUGCUACAUUCUUUUCCACCUCAGCAGUCUGGAUUUAAUGAUGUUCAGCUACUGCAGAAGCAGGUGAUGUUGAGGAAACUGCAAGAGCUUCAGAGUCAGCAAUCUCAAAUCCAGCAGCUGGAUGGAAGACAACAUAAUUCAGCAGAUCAGGUUCCCUUAAUCAAUGGCACUCCUAUUACUGAAGCGUCGAAUUAUCCUUGGACAGCUGAGCCUACUGCAGGCAACUCAAGCUGGCUUCAGCGUGCUAUUCCAGCCAUUCAAGGUUCCUCCAAUGGAUUUAAGUUUUCCUCUGAGCAAGACCAGGCAAUGGGUUUGGUUCCUCAGCAGGGGGAUCAGUCUUUGUAUGGGGUUCCUAUUUCUAGUACCGGGGGUACCCCAAACCAGUAUCAAAUACAGCAAAUGAUGAUGUAUGGUAAUUUCCUUCCUGGUAAUCAAUAUACAGGAUUCUCACAUCAGGAUAACAUGCAGCAUGGGUUAAUUCCCAGGCAGGGAUUUCAAAUGGGGAAUUUGUUUGGCCAUGAUUCUGAUCAAGGUCGUGAUAAUGUGAUGAAUUUGGAGAACCUUCGGCAAGUAAAUGCCCUUCAAAGAAAUGCACCAGUGGAGGAGUUCCAUGAGCAGCAGGAGCUAGCUCGUCCUUCAGAAACAUUGCAGGAAAGUACAGUUCUACCAGUUUCUUCUUCACAGAACACAGUUGCCCUGGAUCCGACCGAAGAAAGGAUUUUGUUUGGGGAUGACAAUUUAUGGGAUGCUUUUGGUAGUAGUGCCAACAUUGGGUCAGCAGUAGGUAUAAAUCUGUCGCAUGGUACAGGACUUCUAAAUGGAUUUCCAUCUUUACAAAGUGGAUCUUGGAGUGCUCUUAUGCAGUCUGCUGUUGCUGAAACUUCAAGUUCAGGUUAUGACAUGAGUAUUCAGGCAGAAUGGGGUGGUAUGGGUUUUCAGAAUACUGAAGUCCUGCCAGGAAAUCAUCAGUCUUCAACCUAUGAAGACAACAUGAAACAACAGACAGUUUUAUCAGAGAACAACAUGUUGUCUUCUGGGACUAUGACCCUCUCUGAUGAUAACAAUGCUGGCAAUGGCAAUCAGGGCAUACCAGGAUUUCAGAAGUCAGGGCAGAGAUAUUCAUAUGAGACCAGUGAAAGGCCACAGUCUGAUUCUACUUGGAGAUCCAUUCAACACUCCACAGAAGGAAACAAAUGGUUAAGUCGUGGUCCUCUACAAAAGCCUCUUGCUGAAGGGAGUCAGGUUUAUACCAAUGCUUAUCACUCUUUAGAUGCAGAAAUGAAUGCAAAGAACAUUUCGAGAGCAUGGAAUCCUCAACAGGGAGUUUUGUCUCAUAAGUCCAGCCAGCUACAGAGUACACACAAUGACCAUAGCAUCAAUGAUAGGGCAUCUGGGGAAACUGCAUCAAAAAUUCAUGGGAAUGAAAACGAUUUGCCAAGUUUACGUAAUGAUCAGAAGAGAAUGGUUUAUGAGGAAAUGGGUCAUGGCGGUCAUUAUUGGAGACAUGAUUCUGGUUCAAACUCUAUCAUUGGAUUGGAGCAUGUAAAGCCUGUCAUGAAAAGCCCACAGGUGAACAGGGAGGACUCAAGUUUGAAUAAUCUUGCUACGAUACCAAAUACUAGCAUGGCAAGGGCCAGCCAGGAAACCUCCCAACUACUUCCCCAUAGUCAUAAUUACUGGAAGCAAGUUGAUUCUUCAGUGAAAAGCAAAUCAAACGAGGAUUCGCUUCUGUACAAGGGCCCUCAGGUUCUAGAGUCUUCGAUAAACAGCUCUGGUAGGGAUACAGUUAGAACACAUGAGAGAGGGAGCUGUGAUCAGAAAGAGAAUUCUAGUGAUAGCCAUUGUUCUAACUUGUCACAGCACAAAGGCAUUGGUGGUGUAAGAGAAAAUGAUGGAAGUGAUUCACGUAGUUUGCCUGCAGGCAAACAAAAUUUACCUAUUCAAGCUGGCCAGAGAAAUCCCGGUCCUCGCAAGUUUCAGUACCAUCCAAUGGGAAACUUGGAUGAGGAUGUUGAGGCUUCUUAUGAAGUGAGGCAUCCUAUUCAUUCGCAGGUUAUGCCCCAUCACACCCCUAGAGCACCAUAUAGUCACAAUCAGGGGUAUUUUGGUCAGUCCAAAUUUUUCGGUCAAUUCUCUAAAGCUUCUGCUGAAAUGGAAAAGGGGUUUUCAGCCAAUUUUCAAGGAAAUAGAAAGGCAGAAGAAGAUGGACCUUCCAGAGGCACUCUUCCAGGUUUUGCACAAAAUACUUCUGCUGCUCCCUUCGCACCAAACAAGGCCACUGAAUCAAGGUGUCAAAAUAUGCUUGAGCUUCUUCAUAAGGUGGACCAAUCCAAGGAAGGUGGUAAUUCUGAUGGACCUAUCCAUGCACUUCAGCAACAUCAGUCUUCUGCUUCUCAAGGUUUUGGUUUACAACUUGCACCUCCAUCGCAAUGGUUGCCUGUCCAAAACCGUGCCGGGACUUCUCAGAGUUCAGCACAGACAGACAGUUCUCGUAGUUCAUAUUACACCAACCUUGAGAUAAGAGAAAAGGGUCGUACAAGGGUGGCUUCCACUGCCCAAGGGCAAUCUUUGCCUUCUUCAAGUGAAACAUCUCAACAAGAAACUGACACUAAUAAAAUUGGUAUGCCUGGCCAAACUGACAAUGAAGUGUUACAACAUGGGGUGCAGGGAAACUUCUCUUCAGCAUUUACUUCAAGAAUUAAGCUUCAAAAUCAACAAAUUGAUAACUUUUCUGCCCAUUCUCAACGGGCUGAUGACCAUACUACUCUUAUAGGUCAGCUAUUACCAGCAUCAUUGGCUCAUACAACUAAGAUUAUUCCCCAUGAUAUAUCUGCUUCAUCUGGAGACGCAUUGCAGCCUACUGAUACUAGACCUUCUCAUGAAAGAGUUUCUGCCCCAAAAAGUUCAGUUCGACAGGCUGAGCCAUCCUUGCAGCCAUUUACUUCUUCUGGCAUCUCACAGCAAGGUGCUUUACCAAAAAGGGUGCCUACAUGGACUGGUGUUCCUAGUCAGCAACAUUCUUUCAGUGCUCAGCCUCACAAGCUUCCUUCAAAUAUUUUCCAUCCAAGCAAGUCAAAUAAUAAUAUGGUGUCAACUUCAUCCGCACUGUGGGACCUAGAGGAUCAAGAUGAUAGAAAAAGACGGAAUAUCCCAUCUAACUUGGGUGCAAACUCAAUCAACUCCCAAGGUUUUGUUCAGAGGGAAGAACAACCAGCAAAGGAAAGCCUUGAUCAGUUGGUGUCUACUGGGAAGACAAACUUCACUGAAAAUACAACUGCAUUCCAAGGGAAAGAAUCUAUUGUUAGGAAUUCAUCUGACGCCUCCCCUUCUAGUUCUGCUUCAAGCCAGAGAGAUAUUGAAGCCUUUGGCCGUUCCUUAAAACCAAAAAAUCCUUUGCAUCAAAAUUACUCUUUGCUGCAUCAGAUGCAGGCCAUGAAGAAUACAGAGAUUGAUCCAAGUAUCAGGGACUUGAAGAGAUUGAAAGGAGCUGAUGGACUGGGCUGUCAAAUAACUCCUGAGGCUGGGCAUUCGGAUGAAACCAAUAUCAUAGUAAGAGAUUCAGUACUUCCUCAUGGUGCAGUUCCAUCUGGAGACUCUCAAAUGCUAAGCUUCCCAGGGCCAGCUGAUAAUAGGGAAAGUAAUUCAUCUUCUCAGCUUUGGAAUGUAUCCUCUCAGGAUGUAUCUGCCUUUGGUCGGAAGGAUUCUGAUAACUACCCUCGGAGUUAUGGUACAGCUUCUGGUAGACCUGAAAAUCCUCAGAUUAGCCCUCAGAUGGCACCUUCCUGGUUUAAUCAGUUUGGAACCUUUAAGAGCGGGCAGAUGUUGUCAAUGCAUGAUUCACAAAAAAUUGACAAUGUAACUGUGCAACAACCAUUUACAAUUGGAAAAACUUCUGGUCGGCCGCAUGUGCAUAAUUCUUUGGAGCUAGGAAAUGCUACUUGUUUAAAUCAAGUUGAUAAUAUCUGGCAAAGGUCAGCACCCACUUCUGUGGCAUUUGAGCAUGUAUCUUCUGCUCAAUCAAGACCUCAGGAUGUUGGUGAUCGCCAUUUGGCUGUUACGAGAGAAAAGAAGCGGAAAAAUGCUACAACAAAGCCUCUUCCUUGGCAUAAGGAAGUAGCUCAAGGUUCUCGAAGUAUUAUUACCAUAAGCAUGGCAGGAAAUGAGUGGGCCAAAGCAGCAAACCGGCUAAUGGACAAGGUGGAAGAUGAAACGGAUAUAAUUGAAGAUGGACCACCUAUUGUUAGACCGAAGAGACGUCUUAUCUUGACAACUGAGCUAAUGCAGCAAUUGUUUCGUCCCCCUCCAGCUGCUGUUCUCUCUUCAGAUGCUGGCUCAAACUUUGAACCUGUGGCUUACGUUGUUGCUAGACUAGCACUAGGGGAUGCAUGCAGCUUAAUUCCUUGCCAAGGAAGCAAUGAUUGUGCUCCUCUUGACAGUACAAACCUUUCGUCUGAUAACUGUAAAACACAUGAGAGAACUGGUGAUCAGCAUCUUUCUAGAGUUACAGAAGACUUGAUUGGUAGAGCAAGGAAGCUGGAAAAUGAUUUCAUAAGAUUGUACAGGAGAGCCUCAGUCUUAGACUUGCGAAUUGAAAGCCAAGAGAUCGAGAAGUUUUCUAUGGUUAAUCGUUUUGCCAAGUUCUAUGGUAAGGGUCAAGCUGAUGGGACCGAGCCCUCAUCGUCCUCUGAUGCAGCUGCAAAUGCUCAAAGGUCCUUCCCCCCGGGAUGUGUUACUGUACUUCCAAUGCCUAAGAAUGUGCCUGAGAGGGUCCAAUGCCUUUCGCUUUGAUUGAUGAUCAUUAGUUUAUUUGUUUUAUUACCUCCUCCCCCCACCCCAACACCCCCUCGCCCCCCCAAAAAAAAUCCCGGUCAACUCCCCCGCUCCAUGUGUCAGAAAUUUCUUGCUACCAACACCCAGCGACAACAUAGAACCAACCCCAUACAAAUUGGAAAAAGGCAGGUGAGGAAAUAUGGAUUGGAUGGUAGAAGACAUUUGUGUCUCUAAAUGUUAGGUUGUUGAUGUCAGUAGUAGAGAAGAGAAAUACCAACUGACUGCUAUUUAAACUCUCUGUUGGAAGGAAGGCCAUUUGAUAUUUUCCCAUAUUUGGCCAUUCAUGAUGUCAUCCCUGAGAAAAAUUGUAAGUCCCUAUCCGCCCUUGUACAUCCUUAUGUCAAUUUUGAAGAAUACUUGGGGGUGCUCCAUCAUUUUUGCUGCUGCAAGUGGGCAUAUAUAUUAUAUUAGAUGGAUAGAUUUAUACAUACAUACAUAUAUAUAUAUUCUGAAUAUUUUACA